UCGAUGGAGGAUUCACGGAAACAUCUAAUGGUUGCUGCUGUGGACUUUGGUACAACAUAUUCCGGUUAUUCGUUUUCAAUGAGGGCUGACUGGAAAGACAACCCUUUGAAAAUCAGUAACCCAAUAUGGCGGGCAGGAAGUCGACAAUUCGUGUCAGAGAAAACACCAACAUGUUUAUUAUUGAAUAAAAAUCGAGAGUUUGUCGCCUUUGGAUUCGAAGCUGAAAAUAAGUGGAUAGAUUUAUUGUUGGACAAAGAACAUGAGGAAUACUACUAUUUUGAACGUUUCAAAAUGAAUCUACAUAAUAACAAGAAUAUCACAAGUGGUAUGAUGUUAGAUGAUAUAACAGGGACAAAAAAGCUGCCAGCUUUCCAUGUAUUUAAAUUAUCAAUCCAAUAUUUGGUAAACCAUUUGUUAGAUGUCUUGAAAAAACGAGGAAAUUUAGUCAAACAUGACGAGGUUCAAUAUGUACUGACAGUGCCUGCUAUAUGGACGGAUAGAGCAAAACCAUUUAUGAGGUCUUGUGCUGAAGGGGCUGGGAUUCCCUCAAACAAUUUGAUACUUGCACUUGAACCAGAGGCAGCAUCCAUUUUCUGUCAAUUUUUAUCAACUGAAAAAUUAAAAGGAUCUGAACCAGGAUUCACAAUGACAGCCGAAGGGACAAAGUUCAUGGUGGUUGAUCUUGGAGGCGGCACUGCAGACAUAACUGUUCACGAGAAAGCCGCAAAUGGUCACUUGAAAGAAAAACACAGAGCUAUCGGAAAUGAUUGCGGGGGAACAUCUAUUGAUAGAAGGUUUUUUAAGCUUUUCGAAGAAAUUAUCGGAAAGACAACGAUGGAAUCAUUAAAAAAGGAAAGCCCUCUGGCAUAUAUAGAUCUAGUAAGAGAAUUUGAAUCCGUGAAAAGAACGGUUGAAACAGGAACAAAAACUAAAGUUACUAUGUCCAUCCCAGUCGUUGCGCUUGAAACAUCGUGUAAGAAAAUUCACAACAAGAAUUUAGAGUCUCUGUUGGCUGAUUCGUCAUAUUCAACCGACAUAAAACUAGCACAAGAUAAAAUUCGUAUUAAUGUUGAGGUCUUCAAUAAGAUAUUUAUGCCUUCCGUUAAUAGUGUUAUAUCACUUAUGAAAGAGAUUUUUCAAGAUAAAUCACUAAAGGACGUGACGCAUUUGCUAAUGGUUGGAGGUUUCUCAGAUUGUCAACUAAUGCAUGACGCAGUUCGCCAAGCAUUUCCGGAGAAGAAAAUAUUAAUUCCAGAAGAAGCUGGGUUAGCAGUGCUUAAAGGGGCCGUUUUAUUCGGCCAUGAUCCAGAGUAUAUACAGUCACGCAUCAUGCGAUGCAGUUAUGGUGUCAAAACGAAUGUCCCUUGGCAUGAACAAAAAUAUGACAGAAAACACUAUGCAGUUAUGGAAGGACAGGAAAGGUGUGACAAUAUAUUUUCUCUUAUCGUCGUGAAAGACGAAAGCGUUGAAGCAGGAAUGUUAGUUAAAAAAUCAUUCUUUACACCUUUCAAACAUCAAGACAAGAUGGACAUUAUGGUGUAUGUAUCCGAAGAGGCAACGCCAGGAUAUGUCGACGAUGAUACGUGUUCUUUGCUUUGUACUCCGACAAUCACUUUUUCUGACACAUGUGAGUAUAGACGAUGGGUAGACGUAGAAUUUAUCCUUGGAAAAACGGAAAUUGACCUCAAGGCUCACGAUAGAAAUUCUGGGAAGGCGAUAUCCGCAAAAUUUGAUCUAAAUUAA